AUUACAAGAAAUGCUAUCCUCCUCCCCUACGGUUCCGAGGUUGAAGCGUUUCAGACCCAACCAGGAAUUCCCUCUACAAAAGGAUUCAGGGGGGCGAAGCACGAGAGGAAACUUUUAAGAAUAAAAAAAGAGGAUUCUUUCCUGUUGAAACACAAAAACGGGAGGGUGGGUCAAAGUUAUGAUGAAGCUAGCGGUAUCACCACCAAUCUUGAUGAGAUCGUUGAGAAAGGCAUUUUCUUGCAGCGCUGCACCCAGGUGGGAAGGUGGCGUCUCCAUGGUGCAAGGAGCUUCCAGAGGAAUUGGCCUUGAAUUCGCAAGGCAACUGUUGGAGAGGAAUGAAAAGGGGCAUGUUAUUGCUACUUGUCGGAAUCCUGAUGGGGCAACUAGCCUUCUUGAAUUGAAAAGGAAAUUUAUGGAACGCCUCAACAUAAUGCAACUGGAUGUAACAAAAGAAAGCACCAUACAGGCAACAGCAACCUCUAUAAGAGAAAGCUAUGGGUCACUGAACCUACUGAUUAAUGCUUCUGGAAUUCUUUCAGUGCCUAACAUAUUACAACCUGAAACAACACUGAGCAAGGUAGAGAAAUCAUCUCUGCUGCUUGCAUACGAAGUCAAUGCCAUCGGCCCCAUUCUUGUGAUUAAGCACAUGUGGCCACUUCUAAAGGUGGGCGGUGGCUCCAGAAUCAAAAGAAAAUUUGCUGUUGUAGCAAACUUAAGUGCUAGAGUGGGCUCAAUUGGAGACAAUGGUUUGGGGGGAUGGUAUGCAUAUCGCUCUUCAAAAGCAGCAUUAAAUCAGUUGACGAAGACUAUAUCCGUGGAGUUUGCUCGAAGAAAAGAUCCAAUUAUUUGCAUUCUGUUGCAUCCUGGAACUGUUGAUACAGACCUUUCACAGCCAUUCCAGAGAAAUGUACCAGAGGGUAAGCUCUUUACAAAAGAGUUCUCGGUACAGAAGCUCUUAAGCAUCAUAGAGAACUCUAAAAGCAGUGACAAUGGGAAAUUCUUUGCUUGGGAUGGUCAAGAAAUUCCUUGGUAAUUGGUGCCACCACCAUGCUGUGACCUGCAUCAUCCAAUUGGUCUAAUAAUUGCAUCGGUUAGCCGUGACAAGUAACUAACCAGUGGAUAGUAGCCAUUUUUUCACUUCAUUUCCUCACCGAUUUUUGGUGCAUCUUUUCGCCACAACACAUUGGUCACUCUUUGUACUUUCUGAAUGAAUCUUUUUCAUUACAUUAUCAUGAUACCAGAAGCUACUGAAUCUAAAGACUACUAGGAGAUAAGGUUAUUGGACCCUUGGCAUUGGGAAUGACUAAUAUCAGCACAUCUAGAGCAUAAUGCUACCUGCCUGGAGCAUAAGCUGUUUGCUGAGUCCUUGGAUUUUUCCUUUUUUCUCUUUUUCUUUUUUCCUUUUUGCCCUGAAUGCAACAGCCGUUCCAUUUUACCAAAUGGAUUUCUUAUUAAAUAAGGGUGGCUUUUCCUCUA